AUGGCUUUCACUGCACACAAUAGUCCGGUCACUCUUCAGUUGGCCACCACAGUGGUGAACAGAGAGCAACUUCUUGAAUUCUUCAUAUUAGUGGUUAUUUGGAUCACAAUUCAGUGUCAAUCACUUACAGAGGGCCCCAACUCAUCAAUCAGGCUUAUCAACAGAUUCUUCAACCCAAGUACACAAUGUGCGGGAUCGAAUGGCAAGACCAGCGGGGGGGGGGGUGAGGGCACUGGGUUUGUCCGUGCCCUUCGAAGCCUCCUUACGUCCUAUCUUCCGAAGUUCCAACACGAGUUGGAAUGUAUGAUUCAUACAACGCUGGACAACGACCUGAAAGAUGUCCGCGCUGAUGGUGUCAAAGGAUAUACUCAUGCCAAGAUUUUCCCCCUGAUGAAGUCUCUCGUGACGAAAGUCAACUGCUUCAUCUUCUUCGGCGAAGACCUCUCACGAAAUGUCGAGUUCACCUCAGCCGGGUUAGAGUUCCCGCAAACCGUCGUCUUUGCAGCCGAGCUCUUGCGCAUAUCCCCUGAAUGCAUACGCCCGCUGGUUGCAUCCAUCGCCACCAAUCGGCACAAGGCUGCGAAAACACUGUACCAGUAUCUGGUGCCCGUUGUCGAGCAUCGAAUUGCAAUCAGACACAGUCAGCCUAGACAGGCUGCACCAACCGACUGUAUGCAAUGGCUGAUUGACACCUCGCCUCGAAAGAAUCCUUGGCCGGCUGAGCGAAUAUGCCCCAAGAAACGUCGACAAGCUUCCGCUCCUCGACAGCUUCAUCAGAGAAUCAAUUCGCACCACCAACUAGGAUUCUAUUACAUGUCGGAGGAAGGCCCUCGUUCCCUACACCUUUCGGACGGCUCAUAUCUCAACAGGGGCGACUGGGUGUGUGUUCCCCAGCGAGCCAUGAUGCAAGACAGCGCUCGAUAUGCAGACGCAAAUCGUUUUGAUAGCUUCCGAUUCGCAAGCCAGAACGCUCUGCUUCGGCAGCAACAACAGUCUGCCGACGUGCCUGGCCAAAAGGAGUCAAAGUUGACAGACGCCAGCCCCGAUUGGCCCAUUUGGGAGUCGGAAAUACCGCUUGGCCGGUUCUACGCCUCACUUGUGACGAAGCUUGUCGUGAUUCGCAUCUUGGAAGACUGGGAGUGCAAGAUGCUGGAUCCGGAUGCACCGAGAUAUAGGACCUGGAGAUCAAGCAUCGUGCCCAGGAGCAGCACCAUUGUCAUGUUUUGCAAGAGACAGCAUAAGUCGUAA